AUGACCCAUCAGGAGUCGGUACCCGAAGAAAGUUCACCACCGACGGUGGCAACAUCGCAAAGCACUCCGGAUGAUCUCAGCAUGGAAACCAUACAACCUGGUUCGGCUAAUCGACGACGCAUGCCAAGUACUCUUGGAUCCAUCCAGUUCACAGUGUUCUAUAAUCAGCAAGAGAAGAAAUUAACAGUUCAUCUUAUUCGAGCUAAGAAUCUGAAGGCCAUGGACAGCAAUGGUUUUUCCGAUCCAUACGUGAAAUUGCACUUGCUCCCAGGAAAUGCCAAGGCAACGAAAUUGACCUCGAAGACUAUUGAAAAGACCUUGAAUCCUGAAUGGAAUGAAGAACUGCAUUAUUACGGCCAGGAGAAGAAGUUAACAGUUCAUCUUAUUCGAGCUAAGAAUCUGAAAGCCAUGGACAGCAACGGUUUUUCCGAUCCAUACGUGAAAUUGCACUUGCUCCCAGGCAAUGCCAAGGCAACUAAAUUGACCUCAAAGACUAUUGAAAAGACCUUGAAUCCUGAAUGGAAUGAAGAACUGCAUUAUUACGGCGUCACUGAGGAGGACAAACAAAGGAAAACAUUAAGGAUAACCGUUCUCGAUCGUGAUCGCAUUGGAUCAGAUUUCCUUGGAGAGACAAGGAUUGCCUUGAAAAAACUGCCAAUGAACACUUUGAAGAAGUUUAAUCUUUACCUGGAGCAUGCCAUUCCGGUCCCACAAAGCCGCCAAGAACAAGAAUCUAUUCGAGGAAAGAUUCUCGUCGGUCUGCAGUACAAUAUUCAACAAGGGUCUUUGUUCGUCACAAUCAAGCGAUGUGCUGAGUUAUUAGGAAUGGAUUCGACUGGAUUUUCGGAUCCCUACUGCAAAACACUCACAUUCGUUGUCCCAUUCAAAGACUUACCUAAAAAGACGCUGCAGAUUGGCGUAUAUGACCAUGAUUUAGGCAAACAUGACGAUUAUAUUGGAGGAAUUGUCCUAUCAACAUCCGCCAAAGAUGAUCGAGGAGGAAUUGUCUUAUCAACAUCCGCCAAAGAUGAUCGAGGUAAACAGUGGAUAAACUGUAUCGAAAACCCCGGCCGAACAUUUGAAGUGUGGCAUCACCUUGAGUUGGAUAGUUAG